UUAAUUUAUUUGAUAAGAGUAUCUAUUGGACUUAAUUUUCUUCCAAUUUGGUUUGCAAAAUUUUAUAUUGCUUAUAUAGUUGUUUCAUAUGUUUCGGCUUACUUUAUGUAUAUACUUAUGGGGUUUGAUCGUUUAUUUGCUAUUGCCUUCCCAAUAUUUUAUAAAAACUUGAACAAAAAAUUGUAUAUUAUCGUACAUUUAACAACAUUAUUUAUUUUUGCUAUAACAAUAUUUUUAUAUGGUAUUUUGCCAAUAUUUGAUUAUAAGAAUAUAUUAGUAACUGGCAAUCCAUUAGACCAUACAUUAUUUCUUUCUUUAAUUAAUCCAAUAGCUUCUGUUGUUCCAUUAGUAAUUUUUGUUAUAUCUGCACUAAUUUACUUAAUUAUUGCAAUUUUAACUAAAUACGUAACAGGUCAUUUUUUAAACAGUUUGGCUAUUUUUAGUUAUAAUAUCGCUCCUUUAUCACACAGUCUUUUUAAAUUAGAGUUGUUCCGAAAUUUAGUGUUCUGA